UCGAGCGAAAGACAAAUAUAUCGUAUACAAGAAACGUUAUUUCGUUUUAUUUUGAAUAAAGUAACAUUGUUUCUCUCUUUACUUUCACCUAUAAUCAUCAAAUGUCUUUUCAUUCAUGUUUAGGAUAUUUCUUACUUUGAUGUUUAUAAAGCGGGUGAAUUAGACAGUGUUCUGUUUGAUUACACUGCACGAGUACAUGGAGGUAUUGGAGUUGGUUUAUCCGAAGUUAUAUCAACAUUAACAGUAUUGAUAGCUGGUUCAGUAAUUGCUCUUAUUAAAAUCUGGAAAUUAGCAUUAGUUAUGCUAACAAUUUCACCCAUAUUGUUUGUCCUUGCACUUAUCUGUGCUAAACGUGUUGCUAUGCUCACUUCAAAAGAAUUAAAAGCAUCUUCAAAAGCUGAUUCAGUCGCUCAAGAAGUAUUUACUUCAGUUAGAACCGUUUUUGCUUACAAUGGUGCUCAAUUUGAACAACAGCGGUAAUUGAUUUCUGGUUUUGAUUCAAAAGUUAAUAUGCUC